AUGACGAAAAGGGACGUUUCUUCCUCUCUUUCCUCAUCUUGUAAAUUAAGAAGGCAGUUUAAUCUUAAUGGGAUGCACAAGGUUGGGGAUGUGAUACUGGGUGGGCUGUUUGAAGUCCACUAUAGCUCUGUCUUUCCUGAGCUGACGUUCACCUCGAAGCCACAUCAGCCCAGCUGCCAAGGCUUUGACCCCCCAGGGUUCAGGCAUGCUAUGACUAUGGCCUUUGCUAUUGAUGAGAUAAACAGAAACUCCAAUCUUCUAACUAAUGUGACUCUGGGAUACAGUCUUUACGACAAUUGUGCGACACUUGGUAUUGGGUUCAGUGCUGCUUUGUCACUGGCUAGUGGCCGAGAAGAGCGGUUCCCACUGCAGGAGACUUGUUUAGGGACCCCUCCAGUCCUAGGGAUUGUAGGUGAUCCCUUCUCGACAUUUUCCAUUGCCACCUCCAAUGUGCUAGGUUUAUUCAGACUGCCCAUUGUGAGUUAUUUUGCCACAUGUUCUUGCCUGAAUGAUCGGCAACGGUUUCCAUCCUUCUUUAGAACAAUCCCAAGUGAUGCUUUCCAGGUGCAUGCCAUGAUUCAGAUUCUAAAAUGGUUCGGCUGGACCUGGGCAGGUCUGCUGGUCAGUGAUGAUGACUAUGGACUGCAUGCUGCCCGCUCCUUCCAAUCGGACCUGGCUCAGUCUAGUGGAGGUUGUCUGGCCUAUUUAGAGGUUUUGCCCUGGGGCAAUGAUUCAAAGGAGUACAAAAGGAUUGUGGAUAUGAUGAAGAAGUCCACAGCUCGAGUGGUCAUUGUGUUUGCACAUCAGAUGCAUAUGAUUCAACUCAUGCAAGAGGUGGUGAAGCAGAAUGUAACAGGCCUGCAAUGGAUUGCCAGUGAAGCCUGGACAUUAAUUGAUGGGCUUCAGACGCCUGCCUUCAUGCCCUACCUUGGUGGCACACUAGGAAUAGCCAUCCGUCAUGGACAAAUAACUGGCCUUAGGGAUUUCCUGUUAAAAAUUCAUCCUGACCAAAACCACAACAGUGACUAUGAAAAUAGCAUGGUGAACCAAUUUUGGGAACACACUUUUCAGUGUAGAUUCGCACCACCUCCAGCAGGUUGGAUGGAAGCUAGGGGAGUGCUAUGCACUGGAGAUGAAGAUCUAGAGGAUGUGGAGACUGAGUUUUUGGAUGUGUCUAACCUCAGACCUGAGUACAACAUUUACAAGGCUGUAUAUGCCUUAGCAUAUGCCCUUGAUGACAUGAUGCAGUGUGUGCCUGGCAGAGGGCCUUUCAGCAGGCGCAGCUGUGCCACUUUACAAAGACUGGAGCCAUGGCAGCUUAUGUAUUACUUGGAAAAGGUCAACUUCACCACACCCUUUGGUGAUCAAGUGUCUUUUGAUGAGAAUGGUGAUGCCUUACCAAACUAUGAUAUCAUGAACUGGAAGUGGCUUCCUAAUGGACGAACAAAAGUUCAUAGUGUGGGUGUGGUUAAGAAGUCAGCCUUCAAAGGAGAAGAGCUCACACUAGAUGAAGACAGAAUCUACUGGAACUUUAACUCCAAAAAGCCACCCAGGUCAGUUUGCAGCGAGAGCUGCCCUCCGGGUACCCGCAUGGCCAGAAAGAAGGGGCAGCCUGUGUGCUGUUUUGAUUGUAUCCCUUGUUCUGAGGGAAAGUUCAGCAAUCAAACUGAGGAUUUCUGGUCCAGCCCCCAGCGUGACCAAUGUGUUCCUAAGAAAACUGAGUUUCUCUCUUACCAUGAGCCUCUGGGUAUCUGCUUGACAACCGCCUCGUUGCUGGGCACAUUUAUCUGUGCCUUUGUCCUGGGGAUCUUCACCUAUCAUCGCAGCACACCCAUGGUACGCGCCAACAAUUCAGAAUUGAGUUUCUUGCUCUUGGUGUCACUGAAGCUAUGUUUCCUGUGUUCACUACUGUUCAUCGGUCGCCCCAGACUAUGGACAUGCCAGCUGAGACAUGCAGCAUUUGGUAUCAGCUUUGUUCUUUGUGUCUCAUGCAUCCUGGUGAAAACCAUGGUGGUUCUGGCUGUUUUCAAGGCCUCCAAACCAGGAGGUGGAACCAAUCUUAAGUGGUUUGGUGCUAUGCAGCAGAGAGGGACAGUUCUGGUUCUAACUUGCAUUCAGGCAGCAAUCUGUACUGCAUGGAUUGUCACUGCCUCACCAGUCCCUCAUAAAAACACUCAGUACCACAAUGACAAGAUAGUUUAUGAGUGUGUAGUUGGGUCAACUGUUGGUUUUGCAGUGUUACUUAGCUAUAUUGGCUUACUGGCAAUCCUUAGUUUCCUGCUAGCAUUUCUGGCAAGGAAUCUUCCAGAUAACUUCAAUGAGGCCAAACUCAUCACUUUCAGCAUGCUGAUCUUCUGUGCUGUGUGGGUGGCAUUUGUCCCUGCUUAUGUCAACUCCCCAGGCAAAUAUGCAGAUGCAGUGGAAGUAUUUGCCAUCCUAGCCUCCAGUUUUGGCCUCUUAGUGGCACUGUUUGGCCCCAAAUGUUACAUAAUCCUUCUGAGACCUGAGAGAAACACAAAGAAAGCAAUCAUGGGUAGAGGCACAAUUAAAGGAUAA